AUGGCUUCGCACGUGGUGCGGGCUUUCCAGUCCUGGGCUUGUGGUAAUGGCUUUUCCCUUGGCAUCAUUUUCCUUGAUUUACGCGAAGCCUUUUAUCGUAUUAUGAGGCCUCUCGUCGUUGGAUUUCAAGGUUCGGAUGCUGACAUUGCUGCGAUUGUCAAGGAGGUACACCUUCCUCCGGAAGUGAUGCACGAGAUCCAUGAGUAUCUCCAGUCCGAGACUCUCUUUGAGUCUGCUGGUGCCUCCUCAUGGCUGUCCGCGGCUACCUGCGAAGCCUUGAGCCAUACGUGGUUCCGAUUCGAACACCACGAAGCCGUUACGGAAACUGGCAUCGGGACUCGUCCCGGCGAUAAUCUGGCAGACAUUGUCUUUAGCUUUGUCUUCGCACGGGUGCUUCACCAGGUGCGUACAGCUGUGGAACAAGAGGUCGGAAUCGCCACACUGCCAUGGCAUUCCGACAUGCUUGCCAACCCUUGGCCCGUUUCCUCCACAGCUACGGACUCUCUGGCCAUUCUGGACAGCACGUGGAUGGACGACACUGCGCUUGUUCUCUACACGACUGUCGCAUCCGAGCUGCCGCACAAGAUUAAGAGGGCCCUAGGUAUUCUGCUAGACAGCUGCCUUGGCCGCGCUUUAUUGCCAAAUCUCGACCGUGGUAAAACGGAGACCAUUGUGUCGCUCACUGGCACCGGCUCCCGCAAGCUCCGGGCUGAGCUUUUCAGAGAUGAUCCCCCGCUGAUUUCAGCCGACAGCCGUCUGUGGCCAGGAGCCACUGUGCAGAUAGUACCCCACUAUCGGCAUCUCGGAGGACUUAUUCAUCAUAGUGGAGCCCUUCUUCGGGAGCUGCGUUGCCGAGUUGCAAUGGCAUGGCAGGCCUUCAACAAGAGGCGCAAACGCAUUUUCUCCUCUCGCUUUGUGCCGGUUGCAGACAAGGUUUCCCUGUUUGACUCCCUCGUGCUUUCCACUUUGCUGUUUGGUGCGGGGACUUGGCCCAAGCUCACGCAAGCAGAAGAGCAAUGCCUCUCGACGGCUUACUUCCAGAUGGCUUGCACCCUCCUAAAGCCCGAGUUCGACAGUCUACAGGCGCGGCGGAUUGGCCAGCUUCGCGUCCUGGCCUUGACGGGACUGCCCACCAUCAGCACACUGCUCCACCUGGCACGUCUUCGCCAUCUUGCUGCAUGUGCCACCAAUCCUAUCCCAGAACUGUGGGCCCUGCUUCAUGCGGAAGCGAACUGGCUAGCCUCCGCAUGCCAUUCCCUGGAAUGGCUCUGUGAGCUCGUCGCCGAAGAGAGCUGGGCCCCGAGUGCCCCAGAAGCCUGGCGUCUUUGGAUGGAUACCAUCCGAUGCAAUCCUGGGCGCUGGAAGCGUCUCCUGCGCAAGGCCCAGCAGCGAGCUGUUCGCAGGGAGGCCUGGCACUCCGCCGGGGUCUACCAUCGAGGGCUCCUCUCCAGACAGCUGCGUAUUGCAGGCGGCAUCUUGCUUGAACCUGUAAUGGAGCUCUGGGACCGCCGGGAAUGCUGUGGGCCUUGUCGCCAAACUUUCCCCAAUCUCCAAGCCUGGUCUGUCCACGCUUUCAAGACACAUGGACGGCUCACCACUGGUAGAGGAGAGGACCAACACCGAGUCCAGGCCCCCGUUCUUCAGGCAGAGGGCCCAGUCCUGCCUUUUGACUCGGCCGAAUGGUGCGACGAAGCCGACCGAGCAGAUUCGAGUCGCCUUCGCCAGUGUUUGCGCGCCAGUUCGGCGCUUACGCAUUACUGCUCGAGCCUUCCUGGCGACUCAACUGUCGGACUGCCAGAGCCCAUCCGACCGAUUGUUGCCCGGACACUGGAAUGGGUUCCGACGGCUGACGUUGUGGAAUGGCUUGUUCCGUCCCCCGAUCCGAGUAUGGAUCCGACAUGCACAUUCCGGGACGAGGCCCUUGUGUUGGAGGCGUUGGAGGUUGCGGCCAUUCGUCUCCCUAGGGCUCUCACUUUCAGUGAAGAUCCUACUACGGUCCUCGUCGGCCCUGACGAGUGGUGUCUCCCGUUCGACGAUUGCCGCAGGAUCCUCUUUCCCUUCUCUGAAUGUGUCGCCUCUUUGCGACGGGGUGAUCCGCUCUCCUUUUUGGAAGGCCCUUUCGAGGAUGUGGUCUUUGAGAUUUGCCUGAACGACUGGAAUGGAUUUCGACAGUGCCCUCCUGUCUGCCUUCCACCAGCAAGCUUUCAUCGGCAGCUACUCCUCAUGACCCUCCAAGGGGACCUAAUGCGUUUCGCCCUUCGACUUUGGGGCCGUGGAAUUCCCACUCGACUUCUCUUCCCUGUCAGUUCCCGUCCACAUAUCUCGCUUCUGCUUGAGAUUCCCGGGCUGGACUUCGUGGAGUCGAGCGGUUGGUGCACUCUGAGUAACUGCACGUGA